AUGGCUCUCCUACGGCAACAGCUCCCUCCUCCUCUCCCGCUUCCCUUAAUUCACGGUCACUCUUCAACCCAUGGUUUCCUUAAACCCUGUCUUUUUGGGCUCUCUAAAACCCUGAGACUCUUCUCUCUCUACUCAGCUCCUCCUAUUCCAACUUCUAAUUCCUCAUCCUCCAUUUUCCUUCCAUUUCUCGAAGAAGAAGAAGAGGACCAUGAAGAAGAAGAGGGUUUAGAGUCAGUUGCAGAUGAAAAAGAAGAGGACCCAGAUGACCCGAUAGCCAGAUUCUUCAAGUCUCGGACUUCAACCCAAGACCCACAGCGAGAAGGCAAGCUCUCUCUGCAGAAGAAUCGUCGCUCUUCUUGGCACUUAGCUGACGACUUAGACGAUUCCGAACCCGAUUCCGGCGUCGACCCAGUGCCGGAAGUACAAGAACAACAACUGGGUCCGGUGAGUUCUGAUUCAAUUCCAUUGGCAGAUGGAAUUGUGGGGCAGAUUUUGCAGAAAGCUAGGAACUUGGGGCAGAAUUUGACACUGGGAGAGGAGUUGGGAGGUUUUGAAGGGAGGGUUGGGGAGAAGGAGUGUGUGGAAGUUUUGGAGUUGAUGGGUGAGGAGGGCUUGUUGAUGGGUUGUUUGUAUUUCUUUGAGUGGAUGGGUUUGCAGGAGCCUUGUUUGGUUACUCCUAGAGCUUGUUCAGUUUUGUUUCCUAUUUUGGGGAGAGCUGGAAUGGGAGACAAGUUGGUGGUUUUGUUUAAGAACUUACCGGGUAAGGAGUUCAGGGAUGUUCAUGUUUAUAAUGCCGCAAUUUCUGGCCUCAUGUGCUCGAAAAGGUAUGAUGAUGCUUGGAAGGUGUAUGAGACGAUGGAAGCUAAUAAUAUCCUUCCGGAUCAUGUGACGUGUUCGAUAAUGAUUACUAUUAUGCGGAAAAUUGGUCGCAGUGCAAAAGAUUCAUGGGACUUCUUUGAGAGAAUGAACAGGAAAGGUGUCAAAUGGAGUCAGGAAGUUUUGGGUGCACUUAUAAAAUCGUUUUGUGAUGAGGGGCUGAAGAGUGAAGCCCUUAUCAUUCAGAUUGAAAUGGAGAAGAAAGGGAUCUCGUCAAAUGCUAUUGUAUAUAAUACUUUAAUGACCGCAUUUUGUGAUUCCAACCGGGUAGAAGAAGCUGAAGGCCUGUUUACUGAGAUGAAAUCAAGGGGAAUUAAACCCACAUCUCCCACCUUUAAUAUUCUGAUGGAUGCAUACAGUAGAAGAAUGCAGCCUGAGAUUGUUGAAAAGCUUUUGGUAGAAAUGCAGGAGAUGGGGUUGGAUCCAAAUGUCAAAUCCUAUACAUGUCUUGUUAGUGCGUAUGGGAGGCAGAAGAAUAUGAGUGACAUGGCUGCAGAUGCAUUUCUGAGGAUGAAGAAAGUUGGUAUUUGUCCCACUUCACAUACGUAUACAGCUCUUAUCCAUGCAUAUUCUGUCAGUGGCUGGCAUGAGAAAGCUUACAUCGCAUUUGAGAACAUGAAAAGGGAAGGACUAAAACCCUCCAUAGAAACAUAUACUGCUUUACUGGAUGCAUUUAGGCGUGCGGGUGACACUGAGAUGUUGAUGAGAAUUUGGAAAUUGAUGAUCAAAGAGAAGGUUCAAGGGACUAAGGUGACAUUCAACACUCUUCUUGAUGGAUUUUCUAAGCAAGGUCACUAUCUUGAAGCAAGGGAUGUGGUUUCUGAAUUUGGGAAUAUGGGUUUGCAGCCAACAGUGAUGACAUAUAAUAUGCUGAUGAAUGCAUAUGCACGUGGAGGGCAACACUCAAAGUUGCCACAGCUGUUGAAAGAGAUGGAAGUUCUCAAUUUGAAACCUGAUUCUGUGACUUACUCAACCAUGAUCUAUGCCUACAUCCGCGUGCGUGAUUUCUCAAGAGCAUUUUUCUAUCACAAGAAGAUGGUGAAAAGUGGUCAAGUGCCAGAUGCCAGGUCUUAUGAGAAGCUUAGGGCAAUUUUGGAUGUUAAACUUGCAAAAAAGAACAAGAAGGACAAGAGUGCUAUACUGGGUAUAAUUAAUAGCAAGAUGGGUAUGUUGAAAAUUAAGAAGAAAGGAAAGAAAGAUGAGUUCUGGAAGAACAAGAAGAAGCGUUAUGUGAGAGCUGAUAAUGCAGUUAACAAUACCAACAACUAAGGCUGGAGUCCUAUCUCUGGCUCAUCAUUUUCUGGCCCUUCAAAACUAGUUAUGAGAUAGUUGUUGCAUUUCAGGACAGUCUUAAUACUGACCUUGUAAAAAGUCUGAUUCUAUUAUGGUGAAAGUUUGUAGUCUGUACAAAUUUGUAUGAUUCUUUGCCAGAACAAGAAUAAUGGCUACAGCUGAUGCAGGCCAGUCUCCAUUGAAGCAUCUAGGUGACUUUUAUCCCAACACCACCUCUUUGCUUGGGUUGGCUGAUAAAUCCCACAGAAUGUUCAAGAGGAUAAAAUGAGCAACACUAAAACCUAUGGCUAGUAAUCUGCAACACCAACCAGCACCAUCAUUCCCAAACUAGGAAAUGCAAACCUCUUUGUCUGAUGGUACAAUGAA